AUGUCCCACCGCACCGCCAUCGCCAGCUACCUCGGCGUUGGCACAGCCUUUGCUCUCUACACGCUCGACGAGGUGCUCGACCUCCGGCAGUGGCGAGUCGCGUGCCACCGAGUGAGCGCACCGAACCUGAAGUCGCCGGUGGCGCUCUCGCUCAGCGCUCGCACGCGACCGCCGCCGAUCGGCGCGAUGGAUUGGCCCGCCGGCCGUGUGCUGCUCCAGCUCGCGCUGGAGGGCGACGGCACGACAGCGCUGUCCCCUAUUCCGGCCCGAGGCGCCACCGUGCUGGAGAUCGGGUCCGGGAUCGGCACCGCGGCGAUCGGCCUCGCGCUGGCGCUGCAGGCGGAGCGCGCCGAGGAGCACGGCGCAGCGGAGGCCUCCUCCGCCUCCUCCGCGCCGACUGCGAUAGUUGCGACCGACAUCUGCUCCGACAGCCUCGCCAACCUCGCCGCCAAUGCCCUCUCCCACGGCCUCCGCGUGGCGGGCGAGGGCGAGCAGCCGCCGGACGGCUCCAUCGGCGUGGCGCGGUGGGACGCGUCCGCUGCAGACGCUGCUCGCUCGCUGCCGCUGGUCGCGCCCUCUCGCCUGACGCACGUGCUCGGCGCCGACGUCGUCUACUCAGGGGGCGCGGCGGGCGUGGGCGAGGAGUGCGGCGGCGAGUUCGUGGCGACGCUGCGAGCGCUGCUCGAGGCGCAGCCGCAGCUGCAGGCGGACGACGCCGCCUCCGCGCGCCCCUCGUUGCGGCUCCCUCGCGCGUGA